UUGUGGCGACGUGGAGCAAAGGUGGCUUUGGAGUUUCGCCCUCUCAUUUUGUUAUAGUUGGUUUGGAAAAACUACGCAGAGUUGGAAGGGAAGAAAAUGGAAUCGUGGAUAUCCUCAGUUGUGGUGGCGAGAAUGGCGUUUGUGACAAUGGGCUUCAUUAUGCUCAUCACCCUUGUCUACACAAUUAUCACAGACGGUUCUCCAUUCCGUAAAGACCUCCUCACACCAUGGAUGAAUGCAACAUUGAUUGACUUCUACCUGAAUGUUGCCGCCAUAGCGACCUGGGUAGUUUACAAGGAGCCCACAUGGAUAGGUGCAUUCAUUUGGACAAUUUUGUUAAUUUGCCUUGGCAGCAUGGUGACAUGCUGGUAUAUUGCCAUUCAGCUAUUCAAAAUUUCACCUCAAGACCCACUUUAUCUAGUCUUAUUGAGGGAUCGCCAUGCUAGGAAAGGUGGUUGAGCAGUGGAAUCUCAAAUGUCAGUGGAACCAUAUAAUUUCACAAUCAGGCACAAGUUACGAAUCUUAUAGCAUGGCCGUGUUAAUCUAAUGCUUAUAUGAUUUUAUCCUGGUAUAUAAAUUAACCUUUAUGUAAAUGCCAUUGCUGUAUAUAUAUGCAAUGCUAAAGGCUCCCAUGUUCUAAUGCUUGUCUCAAGCUCAUGUUGGCAGUGCGAAGUGGUGUAAGUAUAAAUAUGACGUUUUUGUGUGAUUAUCAUAAAUAGAUACAACUCUAUCUUUUGACAAUUACUUCUAUGUAAUGGGCAUCUAUAAUUUCUUUUGGGAAA